CGAAUGGUCUGGGCCUCACAGAGUGGCCUAAAUUUGGGGCUGAGGCUGAGUAUCUCAGCAUUGGACUGGAGCAAAAACCUAGUAAAGACCUGAAGGGAAAACACUUCACUUUCAUGACUCAAACUCUUCCGCGGAUAAUAAAAGAGCGAAAGGAAGGACCUCUAGUUCACACCAAACUAGGAAGUUUAAGAGGUGCAUUCAUGACUGCGAAGGGCAAGGAAACUGUCAUCAGUAGCUAUUUUGGUGUACCGUUUGCAAAGCCUCCCAUGGGUCUGUUGAGACUAGCUCCACCACAACCUGCAGAGGCUUGGCAAGGAGUGAGAGAUGCUACAAAACAGCCCCUCAUGUGUCUACAGGCAAGGGAUUUGCUUUUGGACCUGUUAGCUAAUGUGUCUAUGAAUGUGGAGGUUCCUGAAGUAUCUGAGGACUGUCUUUACCUCAACAUUUACACUCCUUCUAAACCUGGAGACAACAGCAAGUUACCUGUUAUGGUUUGGAUUCAUGGUGGAGGUUUUUCUGCAGCCUCUGCUUCCAUUUUUGACGGACUUGUUUUGGCUGCUUAUCAAGACGUAGUUGUGGUCUUGAUCCAGUAUAGGCUUGGUCUGCUCGGGUUCUUCAGCACGGGAGAUGAACAUGCUCCAGGAAACUAUGGUCUUCUGGAUCAGGUUGCUGCUCUUCAGUGGGUUCAGGAGAACAUCCACAGCUUCGGUGGAGAUCCUGGAUCUGUGACCAUCUUUGGAGAGUCUGCCGGAGGAGUCAGUGUGUCUUUACUUGUUCUUUCUCCCUUAUCCUCAAACUUGUUUCGUUAUGCCAUCGCAGAGAGCGGUACGGCAGCAAUGGAUGCUAUAAUGACUCCCAACCCUCUGCCAACAGCCCAAUAUGUUGGAAAUGCAUCUGGCUGUGAUAUUUCCAGCACAAAGAAGAUUGUUGACUGUGUGAUGCAGCUGACUGAAGAGGACAUCUUGAAGAUUGCUAGGGAACAACUAAUGCUUCGUUUUGGAGUGACCAUCGAUGGCCAGUUCCUUCCAAAACCUGUAGAGGAGCUUCUUAAAUUCCACGAGUUUAACAAAGUGCCUCUGAUCAAUGGAGUUACUGAUGACGAUGGUGGCUAUACACUACCUAAUAUUCUUGGACCCCCAGAAUGGACAGAUGGGAUGGACAGAGAGCAGAUCAUGCCAUUUUUGCCUUUAUUUAAUCCUGAUUUUCAGAAUCAGGUGAUUGCUGAGUUUGUUUUAAAUGAGUAUCUGGGCACAUCCAGCGACAGGAUCAAAAUCCGAGAAGGUUUUCGAGAGAUAAUGGGGGACUUUUUUUUCAACAUCCCAGCUCGCAAAGUAUCGAAUUACCACAGAGAUGCUGGUGCACCAGUAUACGUGUAUGAAUUCCAGCAUCCUCCCAGUCUACUUAAAAAGAUUCGACCCGAUUUUGUUGGAUGUGACCAUGGAGAUGAUAUUUUUUUUGUUCUGGGUUACUGCUUUGGAAGACAUGUAAAACUGGAAGAUAAAAUCUCAGAGGAAGAGAAUGAACUUUGUAAAACUGCCAUGGCUUAUUGGGGAAAUUUUGCUCGCACUGGGUCUCCGAAUGGUCCAGGCCUCACAAAAUGGCCAGAAUAUGGAGAUGAGGCUGAAUAUCUCGGCAUUGGAUUGGAACAGAAACCUGGCAAAAACUUCAAGGGAAAACACUUUAAUUUCGUGACCCAAAAACUUCCACAGAUAAUAAAAGAAUGGAAGGAAGGACCUCUAGUGCAAACAAAAUUAGGAUCUCUGAGAGGUGCCUUCCUGACUGUAAAGGGCAAGGGCACAAUCGUCAAUAGUUAUCUAGGUGUACCGUUUGCCAAGCCCCCCGUGGGCCCCCUGAGACUGGCUCGGCCACAGCCUGCAGAGAAAUGGGACGGAGUGAGAGAUGCGACCAAACAGCCACCCAUGUGCAUCCAGGACAGGCAAGUUAGUGUAGUUGAACUAGGGUUUCUCGCUAUGGAUGUGGAGAUUCCCGAGGUCUCAGAAGACUGCUUGUAUCUCAACAUCUACACUCCAGUCAAACCUGGCGAAGACGCCAAGCUACCAGUGAUGGUUUGGAUUCAUGGUGGAGGACUUGCCAUAGGUUCAGCUUCAGUGUACGACGGCUCCGUUCUGUCAGCGUAUCAGGAUGUGGUUGUGGUGCUUAUUCAGUACAGAUUGGGUCUGCUGGGAUUCUUUAGCACGGGAGAUGAACGUGCGCCAGGAAACUAUGGUCUUCUGGAUCAGGUUGCAGCUCUUCAGUGGGUUCAGGAGAACAUCCACAGCUUCGGUGGAGAUCCUGGAUCUGUGACCAUCUUUGGAGAGUCUGCCGGAGGAAUAAGUGUAUCCACGCUGAUUCUUUCACCAUUGGCUUCUGGUCUGUUUCAUCGUGCCAUUGCAGAAAGUGGGACGGCCUUGUGGGACGGUUUAGUGAUGGGUAAUCCUUUACUGAGGGCUCAGAACGCAGCCAAAAUAUGCAACUGUGACAGCAGCAGCUCAUCAAAGAUCGUCGACUGCAUCAUGCGCUGGUCUGAGGAAGAAGUUCUGGAAUGUUCUAAACAGUUUGUGAUGAUGCACUUCAGUCUCGCUCUGGAUUCUUAUUUCCUUCCCAAACCUGUAGAGGAUAUCGUUCAGAAGCAAGAGUUCAGUAAAGUUCCUCUCAUCACUGGAAUUACUAAUGAUGAGUUUGGCUUUUUACUGCCCGCAUAUUUUGCGGGUGAAGGAUGGAUUGGUGGGAUGAAUAAAGAGCAAGCCAUAAAGGGCCUGACCCUCACGUAUCCUGAUCCCAGGGAUCGAUGGAUCAUUGAUCUGGUGGCGAACGAGUACCUGGGCGACACAAGAGAUCCCAUUCAAGUCCGAGACAUUUACAGAGAGAUGAUGGGCGACGUGAUGUUCAACAUCCCUGCCCUCCAACUGGCAAAAUACCACAGCGCCUCAGGAGCGCCGGUUUACCUGUACGAGUUCCAGCAUCCUCCCAGUAUGAUCCAGAAGAACAGGCCCAGCUUUGUUGGCGUCGACCAUGCAGAUGAACUCUUCUUUAUCCAGGGCACCUGCUUCGCUAAAGCCCACCUCAAAGCAACCGCUCCUUUCACAAAGGAAGAGGAAGAGCUGUGCAGGACUGUGAUGGGAUACUGGGGCAACUUUGCACACACCGGGUCUCCGAAUGGUCCGGGUCUGACACACUGGCCUGAAUAUGAGGAUGAGGCAGAGUAUCUCGGCAUUGGACUGGAACAGAAAACUGGGAAGAACCUGAAGAAGAAACACUACGCAUUCAUGACCAAGACGCUUCCAGAUCGCAUACGCCAAGGCAGAGAGAAAACAGAGCACUUAGAACUGUAAAAAAAAAAAAAUCUGUUUCAUUAGGAAUGUAUGGAUGACACAGAAAAAAAAUUAAGAACUGUGAUUCAACAUAAGAAUUUAAUGAAUUAACCUGAGAAAAUCAAAUAAGCACUGAGUGUAUUUUGGUGCUAAUGUUCAGAUUUGAUUGAAAAUGUACAAAUAAUGUCUAAGCAACUAAUGUUUUGCACUUAAAAACAAAAGUCGGACAACA